CCGAUAGACCCUUUUUCUAUUGUGAUAAAUUUCAUUCAUUUCCCCCCUCUUCCCAGCUCUUUCUCAUUUGCGGAGCUUAGAGAAAGUUAGCACCCGACACGAAGUGUUUUCCUGGAAAUCUACAAUAACAUUCCGACCGUUGAAAGGACCAAAGCCGUUGACGGAUACAAUGACAACAGAACCACUCCCCACAAGCCUGUCCCAAGCGUUGGACCUUCCAUUCUCCUCUGCGCGCCAAUGUUCGGUGCAGCUGCCCUCAGAUAUAGCGGUCGGCUCUGUUAGUGUUGGUGGCUAUGUAGCUUGCCUCAUGACCAAAUAUGCUCUCUAUUACGCCACACAACACCCUAAACUUCAAUCUCAGAUUGCCCUUCGAAGUUCUUAUGUCCAAUUCUACCGUCCAACUUUUGCCUCGGCACCCUUGAUAAUGACCUUGCGAGAAGUGAACAUCGGGAAAGCACACUCUACCCUCCGAGUCGAAUCAUUCCAGAAUGAAAAACUCGCCGUGUCUGUGGAUAUAGCCAUCACCAACCUGUCCAUCACAGGCAUCACAAUCCAAACUGACUGGCGUCUCUUCACUCCCCCUACUCCUGUGGACCUCACCAAACUUGAGAGAGACAGUGACCCGAAUUGGAUUUCUUACCACUGCGCCUUCUAUCCCGAAGGAUUUCGAAGGGGUCAGUCCUACCUCAAGAACUUCAUCCCGAGAGCUCUGCCCACCGAUUUUCCAUUCAUCGAGCAAUGGGUUGAACCGGGUUGGGACUAUCUCCCGCUAGGCUCGCGGCCGUCGGAAAGUGGAGGCAAGGCCCGAUGGACCAAUGACAUGGUACAGUUUGUGGGAGACAUGCCACUUCCGAUUCAAGAGAACUAUGUCCGGCAUGAAGAGGGAAAGCCGUUUCCGAUGGGGAGUAUAGCGGCCAUGCUCGAGUUUGCGAAGCGCCAGGAAAAGGCCCGCAAUGAAGGACGGAGCGAUUGGAGAGUUCUCAACGAUGACGGCACCAAGAAAUUUUCGGGCAAACUGCUGAACGUCUCCUUGACUCUCUCCACGGAGAUCAAGCAAAGGCUUCCCGCGGAGGGCGUCCGAUGGCUGUACUUGCGGACUGAGUGCAAGAGAAUCUUGAACGGUCAAAUGGAUAUGGAGGUUCUCAUUUUCGAUGAAAGAAUGGAUCUAAUUGCUAUCAGUCAACAGGUAGCGGCUCUUGUACCUGCUAACUCGAAGAUCCAGAAAUUGUGA